AAUCCUAACUAGAAACUUUUUUUUUUUUUGCUUCAUCUUCUUCUCCCUCUAACCCUAAUUGUUAAUGCCUUUGCUCUUUGUGUGAGGGUGAGGCAUUUGUGCAUUCACGAGAGGUAAUAUGGAUUCGGUUGAAAUAAGCAGUUAUAUUCCUCCGCCAGAAUUCGUGGAAGAUUCGUCGGAGCAACUUGUCGAUCUUACUUUGUCGGAGUCUACAGAGCUUUUCCUCAUUCAAUGGCCUCUUCAUCAACAUCCUGAAAUUAAUGGCAAAGAAUUUACUCUUCAGCUCGGUCCUGAUGGAAAGUUGGGCAGUCUUAUAGAUUCUGCUGGAAAAGCAUAUGAUUUUGUUAGCAGUGCAUCUCAAGAGCCGGAUGCAACAGUUAUCUUAUCCUCUGCAUCAGAGUCCAAAAUCGUUGGGAAGAUUUCACGGCGUGUUUCUCUUGUCCAUUACAUGGAGCCUGAAGAAUAUGAAAAACUCAGUUCUGACAAGAGACUGAUGUAUCAGAAAUCAUCUGGAUCCUUAACGGCUAAUUCUUCCAAUCCUUUUGUAACUCCUAUGCCUAUCAAAGGACGGAAAAACUCACAGUCUUGGGGGCGUACUGUCAGCACACAUAGUAGUAGACAUAAAAGUACUAUCUCUGGAAUCAAUGAACUAUCCAAGCCUUCAAAAAGAAAACAGGAUCGUGAAUCUACUGGAUCCUUGAACCAGUCAGCACAGAGUCAUGGGACAACUCCAUUUUCAGGGUCAUCAGAGCAUAGAAUUGCCCUUGACCGAACAUCUAUUUUUUCAGGGCGCUCAGAGCCUUCUCACAAAGGUAAAUCAAAAAAGAAAGCAAAAAAUGAGUAGUAAUGUCCCUGACAUUCUCCCACUCGUCUCAUCUAUCUACAUAUUUUUUCCUUCUUCUUAUUUUUACUUUAUAUAUGCCUAUUUCUUGACAUUGAGUUUAUCAAAGUUACUCUAUUUUUCCUUAUGCUUGCAAUAGAAAAUAUCAUCGGCACUUUAGGCUUCUUGAUCGUAGAGAUUUUCUCUUCAAUUUCAACUGUCAAGACAAGUGAAGAGGCUUCUUUGAAUCCUUUUUGUAAUGCAAUAUUACAUACAUAAUCUAAUGUUCAUUUUGGUGUA